AUGGCCUAGGGAGUUCUGUCAACGGACGGAAUCGGCUCUAAGCUGAUUGGAGGGACCAGAGUGGGAGGCAGCAGUUCUUCGGGAUUACCGAAUUCGGGUUUCGGGUUUCUAAAAGCGGAUUCCAGCCGAUACUCUCCUAGAAUUCCUAGUCUCACGGGUCAUAGGCUCUACUUCUAGCCCGUCUUUCCCGACACUUAACCUGUUUGGCUGAGAACGGAUUACGAUAGAUGACCACGACAAAUAAAAUGCGACAGAUGGUUGGGACAAAUACUAUUUGAUUGUUGAUUAUUUGAGGACUUCGCCGGCUCGCAUAUAUCAGGAAUGGCGAGGAAACUGACGAUCGAAUCUGUGCUUCAGCCGCCGAAGUCCGUUCCGUCUGCUCCAGCAGCAGUCUCGAUAGACGGCCAUCCGUCGGAUUCUCGCCUGUUAGCCGUCAGUUACGACACCGCAAAUUCGUCUUCCGUUCACAUUCCGUCAGCAGUCGGUCCGCCGUCUCCGUCAAUUGACGAAUCUCGUUUGAACAUCGUCAACGCUCAGGAUUGCACUCAGUCUAGGCUCUCCGUCACCUCAGCCGUUCGAUCUGGCGCCAGCCUUUAUAGUGACAGAGACGAUUGUGAUAAUAACGGAUGCGUGGCCGUGUGGACGAGGGACCGGCCGUUGUCCCCAUUAGAAUCCCUCUCUUUUAGAAGCUCGCGAGUCACUACCGUCCUCUGGGUACCCGACGACCCGAACCUGCUAUUAGGGGGGACUCGAAACGGACACGUGGCAUUCUGGGAUUUGCGGGUGGGAGGGGAUCCGUGCCAGGUGGGACCGGGAAAGGCGCCGUGGAGAGCGGCGGAUGGCAGACGAGUGACGUCACUGGCGGCAGGAGGAGGGGGAGCAAGAGGAGGAGGGGGAGGAAGAGGAUUAAUAGGUGGAGGAGGGGUGGCAGGAUCAGGAGGAGCGGGGGAAAGCAGUGGGGAGGAGGUGCUGAGUGGCAGCGCUGGAGGGAGGCUGCUGAGAUGGAGCAGGCGAAUGAUGGCCACGCCCUUGGAGGUCGUUCCCCUCACCCCACCUGGCGUUUCACCUGACAGCUGGCGCAUGCUCACCCAGUGGCCCCUGGUGCCCUCAGAGCUGCAGAUGGGGACGACACCUGCGUGGAGGGGAGCACCUGGGAAUGCACCUGAAAAAGCACCUGGAUAUUCACCUGGGGCUUCACACGGAGUGUUUUACAUGGGGACGGACUGUGGUGGCGUGUUCCAGGGACAUCUCUCUCCCUUCCCCCUCACCGCCUCUCCCUCUACCUCCUCCUCCUCCUCCCCCAACCAAUCAAGGCUCGACUUCCAGUUUGGCUCCUGUUUGGCCUGCGCCCCUGCCACCUCAGCAGCCACGUCAUCUGCUGUGUCAGCAUCUGCGUCUGCUUACGUGCCUCUGACCCCCAGCCGAUCAGGAAUACCUGCAAAGCAAGAAUCCGAGUGUGCCACACAUCACCAAAGCGCCUUCAUCUCCGGCCUGCACUGCCACCCAUGCGCCUCCCUGCUCUCCUCCGACCCUCCCCUCUGGCUCACAUUCCUCCUUGGUAACCUGGAUUGUCACAGCAGUAGUGCUACCGGCGCUGGGCAGCCCAGCAGUAGCAGCACAAGAAGCGGUUUUGAUAACUCUCUCAGCAGCAGGGGAGAUGCUGUGGGGGAGUGGCAUGACGUGGUGCCCUCCCAUCGCGGCUUCACCACGCCAUCCCAUGAUGGCGUCACCAUGCCACGCAGCAGCAGUGUUGGCAUGCCAUGCCAGGGCGAUUUGAUUCUCUCCAGCUCCUGGGAUUGGACCGUCAAGCUCUGGUCAUCAGCUGUCUCCCACAGACCGCUUCUCACCCUCCAAUCAAUCAACGACACGUGUCACGAUGUGCGCUGGUGCCCCUCAAGCCUCUCCACCUUCGCAGUAUCUCUUGGUUCCAGGAGGAUUCAGCUCUGGGACCUGGCCUCCAGCACUCGCUAUCCGGUCGCUACAAUGUCUUCUACAGUGCGUUCGACAGUGGCAUCUACAGAGUCCAAUACAGUGGGUAAGCCUGAACAGUGUCCAACAAGGCCUGGUGACGUGUGUUACGAUAGUGAGCAGGGCAGAGAAGAGAAUGGGAAGCAUUCAAUAGUGGAUGAUGGUGUAUUUAUUAGGCUACGGUGGACAUGUGAUGGCAACGUUAUCAUCGCUGGAGACACCCUUGGAAGGGUGUUUACUAUAAAUGUGUGAGCCUCGUGCAAUUGAAAAUCCAUA